AUGAUACGUUUAAAUAAUUUUUUGUACGUUUUCAAUUUACGUCAGGGCACAAUUCUCAUUGCCGUCCAUCAAAUCGCGUUGUCAUCUUUUAUUUUAAUAAUACUAUUAGUUGGCAUUUCUCAUGUGGGCGAAAUGCUAUCAAUGCUUCAUAAUGACAUGGAAGAUGAUGCUGAAAGACGAGGAUUUUACGAAGUAGCUUACGGCGACCAGUUAACAUUCCACGAAGGAAGUGUGGUUAGCACUAAUAAUCAGCGAAGGUUCGCUAAGGCUCAACAUCUUGCUUCAGUUACAGUGAUAUUCUUGUACACAAGCACUAUCCUGACUUCGUUAUACUUAAUGUGUUGUAUCUCCUUACUUCACGGAGCCGUAAAGUACAAACGUGAAUACAUAUUGCCCUGGAUAAUGGCAGCAUGUAUUGGAGUUAUACUGUUAAUCAUCGCUAUUAUUAUUGGAGACGGAUAUCCGUGUGUCGUGAACCUUUUCGGAGGCCACAAUUUGUACCAUUUUGGAUGUGCGCUCUUCGUUCUCACAUUCAUCUAUGCAAUCUGCGCCGUGAGCAGUUUCGCAUUAGAAACUGGCGGAGGAAGGUGUGCUCGUAACACGCUUAUUUCUAAUGAUGAACGGGGUGAGCGACUGUUGCUGCUAGACCACGCAGCGCACUCCAGUUUAUUGUCCGCAGCACAACUCAACAAGUUGUCGCAUGGCACAAGAACGCAAUUCGUUUGA